GUAAGUGGUCCCGGAAUGACCUAUGUCAAUUUGCCAGGGGUUUUCCUUGGCUUAGUCCCUGAGAAAUUUGCCAGGGGUUUCAAGACCCUGUCAAAAUCCCUAGCAAAAGGUAAUGUUUCUUGUAGUGUGUGCGCAAACAAAUACUGCGAAGAAAGUGUGAAGUCGGACCCGGAACAGGAACCGAAGGAGGAGGAUAAGCGGGACUUGACGAAGGAGGAGGAUAACUGGGAGAAGGAGGAGAAAUCGGAAGAAGAAGAGGAGGAUAACUGGGAGAAGGCGGGGGAAUCGCAAGAAGAUUCUGAGUAUAGUGAUGAUGAGGAAUUAGGGCUUAUGUAUGAGAACGACCCUCGACCAUUUAUGUAUACGAGGCGUUCUGAUGGUCAAGUGUUUAUGAACAAGGCUUGGUUGGAUCGUGAGACUAAAGUUCGUGAGUAUAAUGAGCUCUGUAGCGGUCUAAGUGUUUACGAUGCUAUCUCCCCUCCACUUGAUUGCGAUAUAUCUGGCGGUAUUGUACCCCUCGAUUUAGAUGAAGAUGUGCUCCCUACUCUCGAAAAACUCUGCAACGUUGCUUUGAAUAAGCAGGCUCCAACUUUUGUGUUUCAUAAUGUUGUCAAGUGUACCCAUCCUGCUGCUACUGAUUUAACUGCUGGUAGGGUGUAUUACAUUACUUUUCAAGCAACAGAUAAAGGAAAACCUGAUCUAACAACUUUCCAGACUCAUGUUGUUCAAGAUCCUGGUGUUGAUAUUGUUGAUGUUGAUGUCAAAAAGUUUCUCAUUAAAACCUAAUACACCCCGCCAUGGUUAUGGUUAUGGAAUCUACCUGCCAUGGAUAUGCUUGUUUUGGUUGCGCUGGAAAGACUUGUUUGUAGGUGUAGUUAAUUAAAUAAAUAUGAUGGGUGUUUAUGACUUUAUGUACCAUGGUAUUUCUGUGUAAUUGGGAUGAUAUCUCUCACUGUUUCAUAUGAACAUAUCUAUGUCUUGAAUCCUUUAGAGUUUCGUUUCUUUUUUAAUUUGAUCCGCGAACCAUUAUGUCUGCUCCCAUUGAAUGACUAGAAGUUGUUAUGUCACAGUCAUUUAUUACUUCCAUUGCUAAAUUCAUGUCUCAUAAUUCAUGAUUGUGGAAUGCUGAA